GGAGACGUCACCCCAUCGGUCAUUCGAUUCGACUACUGCCUUGUACAUACCGCAUGAGCCGCUUACCACCGGCUUCAAGUCCAGUCUCUGUUUUAGGUCUUCAACUUCACCUAACAAACAGUUUAAUUCUGACUUUGUGUGCUCUGCCUGCCUGCCUGCCUACGCGUCUUUCUUCGCGCCUCUUCAGCCUCUACGCCACGUGACAGAAUUCAUGCGAAGCUGCCCACACCCCGUCGGAUGCGGCCAUGUGUGAUUUUCCUUUCAGGUAUUCUUGCCCGUGCGUGAAAAGAACGCAGCCUUGUUGGCGCUCAGAAAAAAAUAGCUACACGGAAACUGAUCGCCAAUGGUGUGCUCAUGUAAGGACAGCUGCAAAACUGCUUUUGUGAGGUGAACCAGGAACUGAGAUCAGCACUCACACGUUCCCCAAAGGCGACCAUCUUGAUGGAACCAACACUGUCCCACAGACACGAGAUCUCUGCACAAGCAGCGAGCAUUCCCUGGAGUUACGACGGCGACGGUACGCGGCUAGCCAAGUUCCCGGCGCGACACCUCUGGAUUUGGAUAUCCACCGAGCGGCUCCUCGUCGACCUCGGAGAAACUCGUCAAAAGACAUGAGUCCUGUGGCUCGCGCCCGCUCGGCCUAUUUACUCUUGGUCAUCCUUGUGGCCGCCGGCGCCGAGAGGAGCUUCGACUAUGACGUGGAUGACCUGGACCAGGUGGAGUCGUUCAUCUGGGACGCCAGCGAGGCUCCGCACAUGGGUCCCUCUAGGCCCGCACAGCACAACCAGUCGCCCGCCGAAAACCUUGUCGGUACCGACCCCAACCUGCACCGACAGGUCUCUGAAAUUGUGCGCCAGAUCAUCGCCGAGUACUCCCAUCGGAACCAGCUCCCGGCUGGUAUAUGGGUCGGCGGGAAACACAUGGGUCCUGGUAUGCAUCAUAUGCCGUAUCCGCCCCAGAACCCAUGCUUCCCUCCCAUCGGACUGCAGAUCCCAAUAAUUCCCUGGAAGAUGGACCAUAUCACACCACGCGGUGCUACGAACAACAACGACAAUAUCAACCUCAAUAACAAUAAUGGAAACAACCAAAACAACAACCACGAUAACAACAAUAACAACGGAAACAGUGUCGCCGGUAAGAACAAUAAUAACGACAAGCCACAACCAGGCUCGCUGCCGCCGCUGCCUCCCUACCAGAAGCCAGCCUGGAGGCCAGCCGUCCCCGUGUUCCCGAUUCCCACGCAGCCCCAGCAGCACCAGAACCACCAAGCGCCUCUGAAGAACCCACAGUCGCAGCCUGGCGUCAAGACCUCGUUCAGCAUCUCCACAUCGCACCCAGUGCCGCUUCCCAAGCGAGACCUUCACACACCUCUGGUUCCGUGGCGGUCGGCCGCUCCAGCACCAGCGGACCAGCAGUCCGCCGGACAGCAGACCUUGCCACUCCCGAUUCGGCCUCCGAAGCUGGCUUCGCACUUUCGCUUCGCUCAGCCGCCGAGACCCAGCGGACGCGGCCACGGCAGCCGCAGGGGACAACACCAGCUGCCGCAGAAGACCGGCGUCUCGUCGCUGCCCAAGAACCUGCCGGCCGACGACGUCUACUACGCCAGCCAGAGCAGCAAGCUCCCCAGGAAAGUGAUCAAGCAGGCCGUGUUCGAGCCCAAGCGCAAGCAGCAGGUCGGCGAGACCAUCACGCUGGUCGAGCAGGGCAAGAACGGCGAGUGGUUCAAGCUUCCGGUGAACAAGGUCUCUGCGGGUCUCGGGCGCCGCAACUACGAGGUGGUGGAGCUGCACAAGGAAGAGGACGUCAGAAAGGUCGGCCAGGGCUUGGGAAACGGCGAAGAGAGUAUUCACUACAUCCACAUCCAGGAGAGAUAACUCGUUGCAAGUCUAAGGGCGCCGUUGAUCGGCGACCGGCGUAGCAUGUUCGCACACUGUCUCAACCCGUCGGCCUGCGCUCCUUAUGGACUCGAAAUAUGCUGGACAUUCACUGUACUGUGCCUGACAUCUCAUUCCUUCGCUGUAAAUACCAAGCUCACAUUUUUUAGCCCCUGGGUGUCUGGAACAUGCACACCGAUUGACGCUGUUAAUAAAGCCACUUCUACGAUGCAAAUACGUUCGUAUCAAAAUCAAUGAAGUUGUGCGAUGCGUUCGAGUCGUCGACGCGUGGUAGUUGCCUCGUAGCCACCGUGUGUGGCGACGAGGAAACCAGGAAAUAA